GGACCUGGUACAUGUCUCUGCCGGUCCUCCCCCCAGGGCGCCGCUUGGAGCUGCAGCCGCCAGCAGUGCUCCACAGCCCGGCUGCGCCGCGCCGACCCGCGCCCUCUCUCUCCCGCGGCUCUUAGCGCUCAACCCGCCGCCAGAUGACGCGGAUGCCCCGGUCGGUGGUCCCGGUUCCCGGUCGGUCGGUGGUCCCGGUUCCCGGUAGGUCGGUGGUUCCGGUUCCCGGUCGGUCAGUCCAGCCUGUCCGAUGUCAAAGCACACACACGCCACUGGAUCCGGAUGUGGUCCUGCUCCGCUCCGCUGGAGGCGGGACGACAAUAAAGCCGAGCCGAGUAAAGCCAAGCCGAGUAAAGCCGAGCAACAAAACAAGUCUUCCUUUCAUAUCAGAUCAUAUAUAUUUAUGGAACAACAGAACCUUUUAUUGUGUCUAUUUUAAACCAAUCAGUUGUCUUUAAGUCUGAUCAAUCAUGAGUUCAGACCUCAGGUUAUGAUGAACACGUUUCAUUAUUGUUUAAACAGAUAAAACAAUUUCUGUUCAUAAACUAACACAUAUAAUAUAGUUAUAUUAAUAUUAUGUUGCUAAUAUUUUAAUACCUAAGCGACACAAAUCAGUUCUACUGUUGUAUUUUAUUUUGAAAGCAGGAUUGCAUCCCCCGGAAGUGAGGGCUGAUGAACAGCUGCGGGAUCAGAACAUCCCAUAAUGAUCAGAACAAAUUGUAAAGUAAACUUUUUUAUUCACUUAUUUUCUGAGGCCCGGUUCCAACCGAGCCGUGGACCGGUACCAGGCCGCGGCCCGGGGGUUGGGGACCGCUGCUCUAGGAUACUGGACCUGGUCCUUAAUACACGUUAGAGUCCUCUAGGGGGAAGCAGAGCGCAGCCAGAGGUGCAGAAGAAGAAGAAGCAGAAGAAGAGGAGGAGGACUUCCUCCGUCAUGGCGGAACUGAACCGACAGCUCCAGGAGUAUCUGGCUCAGUCCAAAGGCGGCGCCGCCAGAACCAGCUCCCAGUCCAGCUCCAGCACCGCGGUGGACCUGGGCGACUCGGAGCCGGUCUCGAGAAACUGGUUCGGGCGGUGGUCCAGUCCGUGGUCCGGGAGCCAGAGCUCCAGCAGCUUCGCCUGGCCCUGGUCGGCCGAACCGGACCCGUGUCUGCCGGGCGUGGGCCGUCGGCAGCGGCUCGUGGCCUUCUGCGCGUGCGCGGUGUUCUCCCUGCUGUGCUUCGGGCUGUCCGCGCUCUACGCGCCGCUUCUGCUGCUCUACGCGCGCAAGUUCGCGCUGCUCUGGUCGCUCGGUUCGCUGUUCGCUAUUGCGGCCGCCGCGGUACUUCGCGGGCCCAGCCGACUGUUCGCCGGCCUGCCCACCUCCCCCGGGGCCGCCGCCUACCUGUGCGCUCUCGCGGGGACCCUGUUCGCCGCGCUGCGCCUCCACAGCACCGCGCUCACCGCGCUGGGCGCCGCGCUGCAGGUCGCGGUCAUCGCCGGAUGCGCGGCGUCGCUGCUGCCCGGAGGGGGCGCGGGGAUCCGCUUCAUGGGGGGCGUGGCGGCGGCGGCCAUCAAGAGGACCGUCAGCGGCAAGACCACGCCCAUCUGACGUCACCGGACGGGGACUAUCAGCGGCCCAGAGGACCAAUCCGCUGCUGAUAUUAAUUAUCAGAGGACCAAUCAGCUGCUGGUAUUGAUUAUCAGAGGACCAAUCAGCUGCUGGUUGAACUGUGAACAUGUUUGUGUGAGUCAACAAAGUUUAAUAAGUAAAUAAAGAACUAAACUAUGGUUUGAUCUGUGACCUCUGUGGACCAGUGGCGGUUCGUCCAUAGGGGGCGCUAGUGCGCCGCCCCUCUUAAAAUUUGGAGAUGAAAAAAAAAGAAGAAAAAUAAAUAAAAAAAUCCUGUCAAAAAACAUAUGCCAAAUCAUUUAAAUAGUAAAUAUACCGUGUUGACGCGUUAAAUGUGUGUGGGAGACCGUAAGCCCCUGUCAACAACCACUUAAGUUAAUGUGAAAAAAUAUAAUAUAUCGCCAUUAUCACGGAGAGAAGCCCCUCCCCUUUUUCGGGGCGCUGGGCUAACGUGUGUGUACGGCAUCGAUACAACAUUUCAGUGGUUUUGGCAAAGACCGGCUUCACAUUGGCGGAUGAAACCGGGAAUCUUGGGGCGCACAAAUGUGCGCACGCGAUUGGAUUAUUCGGCAGAUCAGGGACCCGUAUGUUCCCUCAGCCCAUAGAGCAGUGUUGCCAGGUCCGCGGUUUUCCUGCGGAAUCGGGCCACUUUUGAAGUGUUGCGCGGGUUGAAUUUUUUGUCCUUGGUUCGGGUAGACCUAUUUUGCAUGCAAAUUACAUGAAUAUCUUUAAAUAAAAAUCCAUAUUUUAAAUGAAAUAAUUUAUUCAUACCCAAAUCCUACCAAACUGACUCCAGAUCAGCACGUACACAUUUUAUUUAUGAUAAUAUACUGUAUCUAAUUACACAAGGCCAUUUUAGGACCUAGGUGAAAUAACUUGAGGGAAAACUGCUUUUAAUGCUGGCAAACUAAACAUAUGUUGUUACUUUGUAGAUAUUACAAUACAUUUGGCAAUGAUAGCAAUGCUGUUGGACUUUAAAAGCAGUGUAUAUGGUUUGGCACGGGCAUAUUUUGAGUUCUGAUAUUGGGCUGGGUUUUGGGCUGGUUUUGAUUGGCCAUUGGGCUGGUUUUGUCACACAGACCUGGCAACCCUGCUCACAAUGGUUUUAUAUUGCUGAGGGUGAGUUGAGUGAAAAACGAUGUUGCACUAUUUUGGCUAUAUUCUUUUAUAAAAUUAACCGUUUAUGUUACAUACAGUAAUGGUCGCAAAUACGAUCACGGCGUCCAGCUGUCGUGUCAUUUAGACCGUCAACAUAUACGUUUGGUGGCGGUCUCAUUGAGCCACUUUGGCACCGUUUGUUUAGCUACAUCCGGUCGCCCCGAUGUAUAUUUUCCUUGUGUAAAUUGUGUUUUGCGUGUCUAGGAAGUGGAAGUGCAGAGACAGAUCAGAAGGCAAAUGUGUGUGUUCUGUUGUCUUCUGCAGGUAUGUGUUUCCCUUUUGUUCAAAGUUAGAAUUUUCUCUGUUUCUGCUGAAAUGACUCGCUCAUGUAGUUAUUUAUUUUGUCCAUUAGGGGUCUCUGUUUUCCCUUGUAUGUUACAUGUCAUGGUUUUUGAUGAGAAUUGUUAUUAUUUAGAUUUAAUGUGGUCCUGUCUUCCAUGGACAAUGGUUUUAUUUUGCUGAGGGAAGUGGAAGUGCAGAGACAGAUCAGAAGGCAAAUGUGUGUGUUCUGUUGUCUUCUGCAGAAUAAAUAAGUGCUGGGAAAAUCCA